CGGCGGAGCACCCUCGGCGUGGCGGGCGACACAUGAAUGGAGUCUAUCUAUACCUUGUAGUGCGAAAUAAAGUACCGCGGUGCACUGGUCUAUUGCAGUUUGUUUCCUGCCCUAACACAUAUUUUGUAAACUUUUAUUUUAACCACAAUGCCUUUCCAAUGGGACUGGGAUACCACCGUCAAGCUCAUCGACAUGUUCCGGGACAGGCCCGUGCUGUGGGACAUCAACCGAGAAGAUCAUAAGGAACGAUGCAAGAGGAUGACCGCCUGGCAGGCGAUCGCCGCGCAGUUGCGCGUGCCGCAGCCGGCGGUGGUGAACCAGAUGCGCGCGCAGCUCGCGAAAUACCAGCGACAUCUGCAGCAGAGCGCAGGCGACCGCAGCCGCUGCCUGUCGUUCCCGCGGAUGUCGUUCCUGCACCCGUCCUGGGUGGAGAGCGUCCAGCGCCAAAUUGAAUUUGAUGAGGAAGAAUCCGGAUCCGAAUCCGAAACCGAAAAAGAAGAGCGCCCCUCUGCGUCUCGCAGCGCCAGACCUGCGCCGAAGUCGGCUUCGCUGGAGCAAUCAGUGUGGACACGAGAACAUAGCGUGAAGGUGAGCUUCUCCGUCAAUGUUCCGGGGGGGUCGAGCGCUGCCACGAGCUCCUCGCGCACGCAACGCUCCCCCGUCGUCGAGUCUAGAGAAGCGCCGAAAAGGAAACGGGAAAGCAGCCCCCGCGCCACGAACCCAACGCCUGAAAACACCUGCAGCGAGAGGAAGCCCAGGGACGAAUUUGCGGUGUUCGGGGAACACGUCGCCAACAAACUGCGGAAUGUAAGCAACUGUCCAGCGAGGAGCACCGCGCAAUUCCUUAUAAACGACAUUCUUUACAAAGCGGAGAUGGGGAGGUAUAAUGAUGCCACUCGGAAUCACAAUUCAAAUGAUGAACCUGAAGAACCUCGCCCGUCUCGGAAUAUUGACAGCGAGCCCAGCCACUACAGCGAUUCGGAUUAAAUGUGAACGCGUAGUGUGGUUAUUUUUAAAAAAUACUUUAACACUCAUAUUCAUCGGGUAGUGAUUUUCUAUAUUGUAUGUAAUAUUCUUGGACAUUAUACACUGCGUCAUCCAGUGCCAAACUAAUGUAAGCCAAAGAGCUUAUACCAAAUAACUGUG